AAGUUUCCCCUAAUUAUACUAUUGACAACCUCUCUACGCCUCUGAAAACCGCGGUGACUCCUUACGCCAUCUCAUUGUCCGCAGCUGAAGCAUUCCAAAAGGGUUGCUUUGAGGCGAGGUGGUAAUGUUUAACAGGCGCAUUUAACGAUUGUGGAAUAGUCAUCAAAGCAAACGUUUGUUUCUGGCAGUUCAGAGCCAGUCUUUAUUAACUGCCAACUCACAGAAGCACCUCGAAUGAAUCGCGGUUUUUUUUGUAAUCUGUCAAGAAGGUACAAUAUCAGCGUGAGUUUAGUGCGCCCGGAGUUCUCCGUGGAAGUGUAACCCCAGUUAAUCGGGAAAUCGUCGCUUCGCUGCGCGUCUCGGCUGACCGUCGGCUGCAGUCGAUAUCGCUUUGGGCACGGAUUUUCUGCACAACCCUCGCCCAUAGUAAACAAUGCAUCGCGAAUGGUGGAGACAGCGAGGUGAUGGAGAACCACAAUGGCAGCUCUAUGUGAAGUUUACACUUUAGGAUCGCAUCCAAGCUGCAACCUUCACACCUCUGUCUGACAGUGGGAUUACAACUCAGAACCCAUUAUGCCCAUGAGGGAAUCGGCCACCGACAGCUGCCAGAGACUUCUGUAGAAAUGGAUGAGAAGUCUGGACCGUGCCAGGUGCCUGUGGGCUCCUUCAGCAAUUACUACAACAAGAACUUAAUCAGUUUUUACUAUAACCUGACUGGUAAGCUUCGUGAAGACAAGUACAAGUCAAAGGACCUGAGUGUCGUGUCUGUUAUCUUCAUCAUUCUGUGUUCCUUCAUCAUCCUUGAAAACCUGCUGGUCCUCGUGGCUAUCUGUAGAUACAAGAAGUUCCACUCGGCCAUGUUCUACUUCAUUGGCAACUUGGCACUGUCAGACCUGUUUGCGGGCAUUGCUUACAUCUUCAACCUUGUUUUCUCAGGCGGCCGGACCAUGACUCUGACCCCACUGCAGUGGUUUUUCCGAGAGGGAACCAUGUUCAUUGCACUGUCGGCCUCGGUCCUCAGCCUCUUGGCCAUCGCCAUUGAGAGACAUGCUGCCAUUGUGAAGGUGAAACUGUACAACAGUGACAAGAACAGUCGAAUGUGCCUGCUGAUUGGAAGCUGUUGGAUUGUCUCAGUGCUGCUGGGUGGGUUGCCAAUCAUGGGCUGGAACUGCAUGUGUGACCUGAGUAAUUGCUCAACCGUCCUCCCUCUCUUCUCCAAGAACUACAUCUUAUUCUGUAUUACCAUCCUGAGCAUCAUCCUGCUAUCCAUCGUCAUCCUGUACGUGCGGAUUUACCUGAUUGUACGAUCUAGCCACUGUGAAACAGCAGCCCCACAGACCCUGGCCUUGUUGAAGACCGUGACCAUUGUCCUUGGUGUGUUCAUUGUCUUCUGGGCACCCACCUUCAUCAUUUUGCUGCUAGAUUUUGCCUACAAGGGGAGUGAUUGCAAGAUCCUGUACAAAGCUGAGUAUUUUCUGGGCCUGGCCACCCUCAACUCUGCCAUGAACCCCAUCAUUUACACCCUGAGGAGCAGGGAUAUGCGCAGGGCAUUCCUGCAUGUUCUCUGCUGUUGCUCAAUGAUGGACAAAAAAGCUCGGAUGGCAUCUUGCUUCCCCACACUUCGCCACGGCAGUACCUUGAAUCGGUCUUACCAUAAACACACGACACUAGAGUCACCAACGAUGCCAGAAUGUACCACCUUUGUGUGAUGCCUGUGGUUUACAAGGGCCAGGUGGUGAGGGUCAAGGUCAGAGGCACAAUUAGCCCAUGCAUUCUACACUCUAGCUCCUCGCACAUGGCCUUGGUCAAUCCCCAUGCCAGCUAUCUCUCUACUACAGGAGACGAGUUGGAUCUGACACCCAGUCUAACUACAUCAGCUGACCAGUGGGAUUUUGUUUUUGUUAUCCUGGAACUCAUUUGCCACCAGCCCAUCAAAAGGAAAUAACCUUGCCAAGAGAACGUCUUCUUCAGCCACACCAGGAAUAAUGGGUUGUCAAGACUUUGCGACGUGACCAGAGCACUCUGAGAAUGUAUUUCACCAACAUAAUGACUGGCCCACAUCCAAUGGGUCGAAGGUCACCAGGAGGCCACAUGUGUUAAUAAUGCAUUGCAGAAGGGAGGAAAUAAAAUAAUUUGUGUGGGCAUUGGUACAAAAACACAGACCAUUCAAGAUGAAGCCACCCUCAGCGAGGAGAAGCAAGAUCUUAUACCCUGUCUGGUUAGCCUCCAAACUGACGGCAUGAAUAAUGAUUUCUCCUUCCAGUAGAAAUAUAUUUCCGUCUCCCCCCCCUCUCAUUCCCCACUCUGGCCUUAUGCCUCUCUCAUCUGCCGAUUACCUCCUCCUGGGUCUCCUCCUCCCUCCCUAUCUCCUACGGUCCACUCUCCUCUAACAGCCCUCCUCACCCCCCAUUUCUGGUCCACCGCAAAUGCCCCUGUGUAAAACUAGUCACAGUACCCAGUGACCCUGGCAUGACCUGGGUCACCCUUAAAGCAGCAUAACUGUGCAAUUGUUAUCCCAGCUUAUUAGAAAUGGACAGUGGUAGUCUUUAUUGCUCGCUAUCCAGUAGCACCGUGCAGUUCAUUUACCACACAGACCGCUGCAGUUCUUAAAGGGCACUCGUUCCUUGGGGGCAUUUAGAGAUGGGUAAUGAAGGCCAACAACAUACACAUCCCAGAAAAAAAAAGAA